UUUUUUUUUGAAAUGUUUAUCUACACAUCAGUUAUUGCUUGUGUAGACGUGGAGUUACAAUAUUACCAAAGGAAUUACCUCAGUGGAUACAAUAGUUUGAGGCAGGAAUGCAUUUAAUCGUUGCCAAUAUUUUUUUGGGAAUGUGCAUUGUCUGAACUUAUAUUAUUGGUGGAAAUCCUUGACAUUAUUGAUAGUGUAGCGAACGUAAUUUAUUUUAAAGUCAAGCGUCGUAAGUUGCUUGUAAAUAAAACAAAAUCGAGUGAGAUAAGAGAAAGAUGAAAAUGUGUAUGUGGCUAAAAUAUUGAAGGAAGAGAACUCAACGAUACACGUAAAAUUUUGAUGGCGAUCACACUGUAAACGUAAAUAAAUAUAAGGAUAAAAAAGUAUUCAAACAUUUUAAAAUGAUACAAAUUUUGCCAAUGGAUUGUCGGGCUAUGUUAGGUCUACAUUUUCGGUCGACUUGUGUUGAACUGCAAUGUAAUAACAAAAAAAAAUAUAACAACAAAGAAGUACGAAGAAAAGGCGCAGGAAAUCCUGUCAUUACCACAUUUUAUAUAAAUAAUAUAGGAAAGGGUUUUGCUCAUAAGAAACUGGAGGCACGGACAUAUCUCCGUAAUUAUAAAUUGAGAAAACUGCAACCAGCAAUAUAUUCAGUUUCCAGUGUUGAAUCAAUAAAUUCGACAAAUAUAUGCGAUACAAAUUUAGCCUGUGGUUCUUCCAAAUCGAAGCUGUAUUCUUCCAGUGUGACUAUAUCCGCUAGGAACUUACCUCUGAUUAAAAGUUCUUUGCCCUCAUAUUUAAUAACAUCAACAACGUCACCAAUUAAUAUGGCAAGUUCCGGUAAUAAAAUGCAAAUUAUAAAAAUAAUUGAAACUAUGAAAAAAGUAUUGCUAAUGCAUAUCUUCACAAAAAUAACUAUGACUGGAAAACAUCAUAUAAUAAAUUCCUCAAAAUUCGCUCUAAAUUGUAUAGCAAUGAUAAUUCGCAAAGUUUUAUUUGCACUCGUUCUUCUAUUUUGUGUGUUUCACUUCGGAGUUGUUUUGGCUGAUCAAGUCAUUUUGUUGGAUACAACAAGGGAAGCAACACUAGAGUGGACCCGUUAUCCAUAUGGGCCACAAGCUCAAACGCCAGGGUGGGUUGAGGAAUCUUUCACUGAUUUUGUAAAAGGGAUUAAUUGGAGAAGCUAUGUUGUUUGUGAUGUAGCAUAUAACAAUGUAAAUAAUUGGUUAUGGUCACCUUUUAUUGAUCGUGGUCCAGCGAACCGUCUCUACAUUGAAAUUCAGUUUACUAUUCGCGAUUGCUCGUUAUUUCCCGGUAAUGCACUAUCGUGCAAAGAAACUUUUAGCCUUCUGUUCUAUGAAUUUGAUGCUGCAACCCGUGAACCACCUCCAUGGCAGACUGAUAGCUAUAAAUUAAUAGCUCGAAUUGCUGCAGGGGAAGGUCGCUUUAAUCAAAAUUCCGACGUCGAUAUAAAUACCGAAGUAAAGAGUAUUGCCGUUACAAAAAAAGGUGUUUACUUUGCAUUUCGUGAUCAAGGGGCUUGUAUUAGUGUUUUAGCUGUGAAAGUUUACUAUAUAACUUGCCCUGCGGUUACAGAAAAUUUUGCGCAUUUUAAUGAAACACCAACAGGGAGAGAAAUAACAAUAAUUGAAAAACAAAAUGGCACUUGCGUAGAAAAUGCAGAACCUUACGAAACACCAACAUAUCUAUGCAAAGGAGAUGGGAAAUGGACUAUCUUAACUGGAGGUUGCCACUGCAAAGUUGGAUAUGAGCCUGAUCUUAUUAACAAAACUUGCAAUGAAUGUCAAAUGGGAAAGUUUCGUUCCAAAGAAGUUAACAAAUGUGUGCCAUGCCCUCCUAACUCCAAUUCAUCUAAAGUCGCAGCUGGGUUCUGCAAAUGCCUUCACGGUUUUUAUAGGCAUCCUCACGAUGGACAACAUAUGCCUUGUUAUAAGCCGCCUGGACCUCCAACAAAUCUAACGUUGCUAUUUGUUGACCAAACAAGUGCAAUUCUCUCUUGGAAUGCACCCGCAAAAGAUUUUUCAAUAUUGUCACAUUUAAAAAUUAAUGAAUAUCAUAACGAUAUUUUAUAUAAAGUACGCUGUCUUUCUUGCUUAUCGAAUGUUGUAUUUAAUCCAGCAACCGACACAUUUAACGAAACAAAAUUGACUUUAACGAACUUAGAACCUGUUACAACAUACACAAUUCAAAUACAUUCUUUAAAUGGAGUAUCGUAUAUAUUGGAUUCCAACAAUAAAAUUAAUGCUACAUUUCCCGACCAAAACAGUGCCGUAAAUGUAGCAGUUGUCGAUAAACAUUCAGAAAGUUCACAUAGUAUCAAUAAUGUGAAGUCGUCAGUAAGAUUAGUUAACAACCAACCCUUCGAUUUGACCCAAAUUAAGACUGAUUAUGCAGAAAUUGUAUUCACUACGGAAUCUGCUAUUCUGUCUACUGUAUUUAAUGUUCGAGUGGUUGCGACUACCAGUAAGGAAGUGGAUUUGGAAUGGGACAAACCUGUGUCAAGCGAUUCUCCUAUUGAGUUUUAUGAAGUGCGUUGGUUUCCUAAACCUGAGUUGGACACAUUAAACAAAACGGCGCUAAAUACAAAGAAAACUAAAGCACACAUAAACGGCUUAAAUGAAAACACCGAAUAUGGGUUUCAAGUUCGUUGCAAAACUCUAAACGGGUACGGAACUUACAGUAACAUAGUUUAUGCCCAAACACAUCAAGGAGUGCGUUCUGGUUACGACGAUUCAUUACAUAUGCGCAUUGUUGCAGGUGCAACUGUUGCUGUAGUUUUUCUAUUGGUAUUAGUCAUUGUUGCAACAGUUUUGUUUUUGCGUUCAAAACAUCAAGACGAUAUGGAUAAAAAGUCCAGCAAUCAUUUACCUCUUCCUCUAGAUUAUGCUAGCAAUGAAGUUCAUUCCAUGGAUACUACACCAAACGUUAAAAACAUUCAAUCCAAUGUGACUACGCCUUUGUUCGGUAACAGUCGCAGUUAUGUUGAUCCGCAUACAUAUGAAGAUCCAAAUCAAGCCAUACGUGAAUUUGCCCGCGAAAUCGACGCAAAUUAUAUAACCAUUGAAGCUAUUAUAGGCGGAGGUGAGUUCGGUGACGUGUGUAGAGGACGUUUAAAAAUACCACCAAAUUUCGUGCAAGACAUUGAUGUUGCAAUCAAAACCCUAAAACCAGGUUCAUCAGAGAAGGCUCGCUGUGACUUUUUAACAGAGGCUUCAAUAAUGGGACAAUUUGAUCAUCCUAACGUUAUAUACCUUCAAGGCGUGGUUACUCGUUCUAACCCCGUGAUGAUUAUUACGGAGUACAUGGAAAAUGGCAGUCUAGAUACAUUUUUACGAGUAAAUGAUGGAAAAUUUCAAACUUUGCAGUUAAUUGCCAUGUUACGUGGCAUUGCCAGCGGGAUGUCCUAUCUUAGUGACAUGAAUUAUGUUCAUCGUGAUUUAGCAGCUCGAAAUGUAUUGGUCAAUUCUCAGCUAAUAUGUAAGAUAGCUGAUUUUGGAUUAUCCCGUGAGAUAGAAAAUGCGAGUGAUGCAUAUACAACAAGAGGUGGUAAGAUUCCAGUUCGUUGGACAGCACCAGAAGCAAUUGCUUUUCGUAAAUUUACAUCAGCUUCGGAUGUGUGGUCAUACGGAGUAGUUUUAUGGGAAGUUAUGUCAUAUGGUGAGCGGCCUUAUUGGAACUGGUCAAAUCAGGAUGUCAUAAAAAGUAUAGAAAAGGGAUAUAGACUUCCGGCGCCUAUGGACUGUCCUGAAGCUCUGUACCAGUUAAUGCUUGAUUGCUGGCAAAAACAACGAACCCACCGACCUACUUUUUCAAGCAUAGUCUCAACUUUGGAUAACUUGGCUCGCCAGCCUCAAGCACUGCUGACAACACGAAAUUCUCCAGAAAACGAUGGAUCCCAUAUAUUAGAAGGUCAGCGAGGCCAUAAUAUAUUUAUAAGUACUGAUUUGUGGUUGGAAAACAUCAAAAUGUCCCGUUAUUCACAGCAUUUUAAAGAGGCUAAUUUAGUCACUGCUCAACAGAUUUCUCGGUUAACGGCCCAACAUCUGUCGGACAUGGGUAUAACUUUAGUUGGUCAUCAAAAGAAGAUUUUACAUCAAGCAAGACAGCUGGAUACUAUAAUUUAGGAUUUACGGUAUAUUCGUAGACUCAUUUAGUGUAAAUACAGCAUUGAUAUCAGAAAAAGCGUUCAAA